UUAUUAAAAAGACACUCAUUAUGCCUUGGGGUUAGCAAGCAAACAACUCUUCAGGUUACCAUGAGUUCACAAAUCCUCUCAUUUCCAUUGCCCAUUUUGUUCUUCUUGUUUUUCUUAAUCUCAUGGGUAAUAUGGAAGAAACCAAAAGCCACUAGAAAUAGUAAACUUCUAAACCUACCCCAUGGCCCCAUUAAGUUCCCCAUCAUCGGAAAUUUACACAACUUAAUUGGUGGUGUUCCUCAUCAUUUACUCAGAGACUUGGCUAAAAAAUAUGGAUCCGUUAUGCACUUACAACUCGGAGAAACUCCGACAGUCAUCAUUUCUUCAGCAGAAAGUGCAAAAGAAGUGCUGAAAAUACAUGACCUCGUUUUUGCCAAUAGGCCCUUUCUCUUGGUUGCAGACAUCAUAUUAUAUAAGGCUUCGGAUAUUGGUUUUGCACCCUACGGUGAUCGCUUUAGUCAACUGAAGAAAAUUUGCGUGGUAGAGCUUUUUAGUUCGAAACGCGUCCAGUUGUUCCGAUCAAUCAGGGAAGCAGAGGUAUCAAAUUUCAUCAGAUCCAUUUCUUCUCGUGCAGGAUUGCCUAUCAAUCUUACCAAAUUGUUACAUUCAUUAUCGUCUACUAUCACCGUACGAGCAGCUUUUGGCGACAAAUUCCCACAGGAUCGCGAAGAAUUCGUACCAGUUGCCAAUGAACUUUUGAAGACUAUGUCAGGCCUUAGCAUCACUGACUUGUUUCCCUCUUCAAAGUUGCUCCAUGUGAUUACUGGUGUUCAAUAUAGAUUCGAAAAACUGCACAAAAAAAUUGAUCUUAUGCUUGAGAAGAUAAUCAAUGGACAUAGAAUCUCCAGAGCAACCUCAAAAAUUAGUACAGAGGAUGAAGAUCUACUCCAUGUUUUAUUAAAUCUUCAAGAGCAAGGAACCCUUGAACUUCCUUUAUCAAUUGACAGUAUCAAAGCGGUUGUACUGGACAUUUUCGUUGCCGGGACUGAUACAUCAGCUCUCGUUGUAGCGUGGGCCAUGUCAGAAUUAAUAAAAAAUCCAAGAGUGAUGCAGAAAGCGCAAGCAGAGGUUAGGCAAAUUUUUGACGGAAAAAAAAUUGUUGAUGAGGCAAUUAUUGACGAACUAAAGUAUUUGAAGUUAGUUGUCAAAGAAACAUUAAGAUUACAUCCUGUUGCUCCACUCCUUGGUCCUAGAGAAUCUCGCGAGCAGUGCCAAAUCAGUGGAUACGAUAUUCCAUCCAAGACGAGAGUCUUAGUAAACGUGUGGGCAAUCGGAAGGGAUCCUAAAUAUUGGUUCGAAGCGGAAAAGUUUUUUCCAGAGAGAUUUAUGGACAAUUCUAUAAACUAUAAAGGAGCGAAUUUUGAAUAUUUGCCAUUUGGUUCCGGAAGAAGGAUUUGUCCAGGUAUCUUAUUCGGCCUGGCGAAUGUGGAGCUCGCUCUAGCACACUUACUUUACCAUUUUGACUGGGAACUGCCCAACGGUAAGAAGAAAGAAGAUCUGAACAUGGAUGAAUGCUUUGGCGCAGCGGUCGGACGAAAAUAUGAUUUACAAUUAAUUCCUAUCCCAUACCAUCAGCCUACUACUAAUCAGUAACCGUUUCUGGCAUGUUCUAGUUUGAUCAGCUAUAAAAUAGAACUCUAAAUAACUUAUGAUUAUGUAGAGUUUAUGUGCAAUAAUGAAACUCUAAAGAAGUCUGAAUUUUCUUUUCUUUCUGUACUCUUCUGUUAAUUUAAAAAUAAAGUUCAUAUUGCCUUUUGAUAAA